AUGGUUGAGCUGAUCCCUCCUCCUGACCCUCUCUCUUUGCUCCCUCCCUUGCUGGCAUGUCUACCUACCUCCUUCGCGUCUCCCCGACCUCCGCCCGCGCUGCUACCUUUGCUGUCUCCCAUACUACGACAGCGGUUACAAAUACACACCUCGACUUCCUCGCGCGACAACUGGGCUGCGCUGUUGUGCUGGGAUGCAAAGAAAGGCGAAGUGCUGAGGGACAAGAUCGAAGGCACUGUGUUCGAGCCUCACCCGGCUUCCGGUGAGAUCGAGGUUGGCGAAACACACCCGAUCACAUACAAGAGAUUUGACGAAGAAACACUACGGGCACAAAUCCCUCUGAUCGACUGGCCAUUUACCACUUUGUAUGUGUGGUGCACCGGCAGUGAAGAGGGAAAUUCCUGGAAGCUUGCAGAAUUAUUGCCGUUUGACCAAGCCCUUCAGAAAGACCCCUCAUGGUCGACCUCUGUUGCAGCAGCAAACGAGAGCUCCAAGGAGAGACUGGUGAACGAAGCUCUGCAGGAAGCCGACGACGCUGCAAACGCGAGGGGUCAGAGAAAUCUCUCGGUUCCUCCCCCAAACGAAGAUGACUACUGGGCCAUGUAUGACCACACACCUAGCAGGACACCUGCUCGGAAAGAAUCGGUCCACCCUCCGCAAGGACCUUCUGAAGAAGAUUAUUACGCUCGAUAUGGAAGUGUCCAACCUGCCAUGGAUAACCAUGACCCCGACGAGGAGAUGGAAGGCAUUCAAGAACCUCGUCUGAAUGGGCAUGCGCUGCAGCAGAUGCUGUCGGGACACCAGCAACCACAUACAGAACCGGAGCCGCCUCCAUAUCAAGGAUCUUUCGCCGACCACCUUCUAAAUGAUGCAGACGACAUAGAAGUGGAGGUCAACCAUCCAGUGCCCUCGUCACCGUCGUCGAGGGGAUCCGAUGCGGUGGCUCGGCUGGAAGAGCAUGCAGAGCGAUAUGGAGCCUCUGAAAUCGGAAUCAGGCAGCAUAUCAGUACCAGCAUGAAAAGCAUGUAUCGGUUGGCCCGUAGUGCGGGCAUCAACCGCGAGGAAUUUGAGCGGAUGAUGCAAAGGGAAUUGGAAACCCUGAGUCUUCUGGAUCUGGAUGAGUAA